CCGCCUUUGAGACACCUUACAGCAUCUUUUUACUCUCACCAUGUGGAAGGCAGCUCUCUUGACCCUGGGCUUGUUGGCGGUGCUGGUGGACAGGGUUCGGACCAAUGACGGUCAUCCCUCUUUCUACGGGGUGAAACUGUGUGGAAGAGAGUUCAUUCGAGCUGUCAUCUUUACCUGCGGUGGUUCUCGCUGGAGGAGAGGCAUAGAAGACCCAGCUCUCAUUGGAGAAGAGGCAUAUGACCCAUGGAACACAAAUGCCAUCCCUCAACUCAACGGGGAGCAAGAUCCUGCAGAGUCCCAACAAGCAUGGAGAGAUCAAACAUUGAAAGCUGCAUCUGUGUCUGUUGGAUUCAGCCGCUCAUCGCGCUCACCAAUAUCAGAGGAGGUGCUGGAGGCUCUACGGAGUGCAGAUAGGAAAGGACGAGAUGUGGUGGUCGGACUGUCCAACGCAUGCUGCAAAUGGGGCUGUAGCAAGAGUGAAAUCAGCUCUCUCUGCUGAACCUUUUUUCCUAAAUAUGUUCCUGUCUAAAAUGCAGAGCUCUACUUUUUUCAUUUGUGAUUCUUCACAUGUAGAAUUCCAGAUCCCAUCCAACUCACUGUGCAUGUGAUGACUAUUGAUACAGGAAUGUGAAUGUGUAUGUGUGAUGAUCAAAUAUUGACAUGUAUAAUUCAAUAAAGCUUUGUG